GCUGCUGCGCGUGCGCGGGCGGUCCGUUACCGGGCGACCGGGAGCCGUUGCGUGCGGUAUGGCGGAGUGCCCGCGGAACGCCAUCGUCUUCAACGCUUCCAAAGGGGAAGCCUUCUCUCCCGCCAACGACUACAAAGCCUGGCGUAAGAGGCUCCGAGGGAACUGGGAGAUCCUGAGCUUAAAAGAUGAGAUCACGUCUGAGAAGCUCCUCGGAGUGAAACUGUGGAUAACAGCUGGUCCAAGAGAAAAGUUCAGCGCUGCUGAGUUUUCGGUUCUGAAGAAAUUCCUGGAGGAUGGUGGAGCCAUCCUGGUGAUGCUCAGUGAAGGCGGCGAGUCCAGAUCUGGCACAAACAUCAACUUUCUGUUAGAAGAAUACGGGAUCGUUUUCAAUAACGAUGCUGUUGUACGAAAUGUGUAUUACAAGUACUUCCAUCCAAAAGAAGCACUGAUCUCUGAUGGAGUUUUGAAUAGGGGAAUCAGUGAAGCUGCAGGAAAAACAGGGCUUGAGACAACAGGUGAAGAUGGGAGCGGGCAUGACUCACAAGCUCUCACUUUUGUGUAUCCAUUUGGUGCCACACUAAAUGUGAUGAAACCAGCAGUGGCUGUUCUGUCAACAGGAUCCAUCUGCUUCCCCCUCAAGAGACCUGUCCUUGCGUUCUAUCAGCACGAGAGCCAAGGUGGAAAGAUGGCAGCACUGGGAUCUUGCCACAUGUUCAGCGAUCAAUACUUAGAUAAAGAAGAAAAUGGUAAGAUCCUGGAUGUGCUUUUCCAGUGGCUCACAACAUCAGAUAUUUGUUUAAACCAGACAGACAUGGAAGACCCUGAGAUUUCAGACUAUACCUUGCUCCCAAAUAUAGCUGCACUGUCUGAGCAACUGCGGGUCUGUCUGCAAGAAGGAGAUGAGAGCCCAAGAGACUUCACACAGCUGUUUGAUACGUCCCUGUAUGAGCUGGACACAACCGCCCUCCCUGCAGUUCUCAAAGCUUAUGAAGAGUUGAAUGUGAAGCAUGAACCUCUCCGACUCAUUGAGCCUCAAUUUGAGACUCCACUGCCUCCCUUGCAGCCAGCUGUUUUUCCACCUAUUUUCAGAGAAUUGCCUCCUCCUCCUCUGGAGCUGUUUGACUUGGAUGAAAUAUUUUCCUCUGAGAAAGCUCGUCUUGCAGAGAUUACAAACAAAUGUACUGAUGAUGACCUGGAGUUUUAUAUACGAAAGUGUGGCGAUAUCCUAGGAGUAACAAGUAAGCUCCCAAAGGAGAAGCAGGAUGCCAAACAUAUUCUGGAGUACGUCUUCUUCCAAGUGGUGGAAUUUAAGAAACGGAAUCAGCAACGUGAUACGGACGCAAGUGAAGCCCAGAAUGGUGACUGAGACCUGGCUUUCCCCGGGUGGAGAGGAUCUGUUAAAAAUAUACUUAGCAAUUUUCUUCAA